AUGGCUCGUCCGGUGUGUCUAGCGCUACUGGUGACCCUGCUAACGUUCGGCGACAAUUCCCCCACCGUUGGGGCGACCUGCACGGCCUCAAUUCAGGCCGAACGAAUCGCGGCGUGUGCCUUCAACCCACUGCUGGCGCUUGCCGAACGCUCCGGCUGGGUGCUGUCGCGAGAAAACUGUGGCGAAAUCGUAGGACCGGAAGCGUUCGAGGUGCCACCGGUGCUGUACUACGAGUACGCCGAACCGGACCACCUGUACACGGUGGUUUUCGUUGCCGAACCCAGCCUAAGACGAGGUACCGAGGACCGCAGAUUCUAUCUCCAGUGGCUCGUAGUAAACGUACCGGAAUCUUCAUUUCUAAAUGGAAUGACAUACAUGGAUGGUGAUACAGUGAUGGAUUAUCUAUCCCCUGCACCGCGCUCCAUCGAUGAUGGCGAUGCUGAUGGGCAGCCGACACGCUACGGGUUCUAUCUGUACGAACAGGUUUACGGCACGAUCUAUCCACCGAUGCCGAACUCGCGCGAAGACUUUCAUCUGGAUGGCUGGAUCGCUACGAUCUAUCCCGAGGCGGCCCUCUGCGGUCCAGUCGCGUCGCUCGGAUUCGGCGCGCAGUAG